AUACACAUGAAUUAAUUACAUGUCAUCUGUAAUUACAAUUACGUGUUUACGUAUGCCUAUAGAUUUAAAAUUAAUAUCCAGCUAUUCUUUCUCCAUCACUCCAUAAUUGUACUCAACAUUUUCAGCCAUUUUUGAUGCAUAUACUCGCCAAAAAACAAAGGAAAAAAAAACUGAUUUCUUACAUGCAAAUUUCUCGGAGUUUGAUCCGUUUUUUUUUUCCAGUUUAAUUGUAGGCGUGUUUUUUGUUGCUUGAAUUCCAAUUUAUAAUCGGUUAGACAUAUCAUUAAUCAUUAUUGAAUAAAAGUAUUUGGCGUAAUUGCCGGGAUAAAUAUUAUCAAUUCAAUUUCGUAUACACAUCAAUAAGGAGGAGGAGGAGGAUCUUUAAUCAAGAUACAGUUGUCUUGUAUUCAAAGAUUGAAGCUUUUUUCUUUUUUUUUCUUUUUUUUUGGGGCCUCAAGUCAUUUCAAAAGAUGGAAACUGACCAAUGCUUGUCAAGAAAUUGAAGUAGGUCGUAAAAGCCAUACUCUUGGAGAAAUGUGUGCUAUGGCUGAGUCGGAAACUUGGCCACAAUGUAUGGAUUCCAAGCAUGAGAAACAUUGCUUUUCACACAUUAGGAGUUCAUGCUCAUGUAGUCCUUUGUGUAUCAGCGGCAAAGAUGGUUCAAAGUAUGAGCAUAGUAGGAUUUCUUCGCGUAAUUCUAGAGUAGCCUCUGGAAGUCCUAAGAACAGCAUUAGCAAUAAAGCAUCUAAAUAUGGCUGUCAUCUGAGGAAAAAAGAAAGUGUUGAUGAGAAUGAUUCCAAGCCUUCUUACCUAAAACAGAAAGCUGAUUCAGAAGGUAGAGACUUGAGUUUUGUUCUUGAUCAGUCAUCUGGUUCCAUUAGUCCUUGUAUAAGCUCAGCUUACGGCCAGCCUGAGGAAGUCAAUAAGAUGAUUGAUGAUGAAAAAGAGAUUAUGUUGGAGAAAAACAGUCUGUAUAGGGGCAGCAAACAUACUUCUGAAGCUCCACACUGCUCAAAUAUAAGUCAUGGUAAUACAGUGGCCAAUGCAAAUGCAAGGAACAUCAGAAAUUCUUCCAGGACCAUUGAUGAGUUGCAAUCUGAAACAAAUAUAAGCCAUUCAUAUAUAGAAGGUGGCAAUACUUCUAUCAUUUCUGUUGGACAGGUCUGUUUCCUCGUGCUACCACUUAAAUGACUAACAAUCUUCAUGGUAGUUUAAUUUGCUGUUAGUUUCUGUGAACUGAUUCACCUAGGCUUAUUUCUAUAUUCAAGUUGUUAAACCUUUUUGUUAUUUAAGAAGUUACUUGCAUUUCUUAUCUGUUGAUAUUUUAGAACCAAAUUAUGUCUUUUUAUAUUUCCGUAUCUCUUGAUAUUUUAGAACCAAAUGAUGUCUUGUAUUUUGAUUCAAGAAUUUGUUGUAGUCUCAUAAAUAUGAAUUCCAAGGUUGUUGACUUAUUACAAGAAAAGGAUCAGCAUACAUUUUCACAUGCAUUUAAAAUUGCGGACUCUGUAUUUUCAAUUUGUAUGAAACGCCGUGAGCUGAAGUACAAUGCAUCCAACCUCAAAAAAGUUGGAUCAACUUGUAGUCAUCUGCUUAGCAUCUAACAAGUUGUUCUACAGUUGAUAACAAAAUGGACAGGAUAGGUAGGAGUAUAGACAGGUAUAUCUUUGAAAAUGGCAACUAAUCUCCAGAAAGAAAAAGCACAAGGACCUUUUGGGUGCUUCAUCUGAAACAUUCUAGUGUUUGAAUGAGUAUUGGAUUGUUCUGCAUAUAUUAGUGUAAUAAGGUAGAGCAAUUUAGGUUUGAAGAAGUUGACCAUUAUAUCCUUCUCAAUACUAGACUCCCGCUAGUAUCUUUUGAAGAAAGGAUCAUGAACAUGUGAAAAAUGAAAACAUGAAUUAAUGCGUCCAUGUGAAAGAAAAUAGCAUUGAAGUGUCAAUUUGUCUGGUAAACUUUCCAAAAGGAGGUAAAACUAUAUGCACAAUUAUUCACUAGCUUGAUGUUCAAGAAAGGUUACUAUUGUUUCAUAGGCUUUAUCCGAUCAUCUUAUGAAUAGUAUACCUAUGACCUAUGUUAUUUUAUUUCUCUUCUUCCCUCAAAAUUUAGGAGUAAUAGGUUUUAUAUAAUAAGCAUUGAGCCUUUUAACUACUUGGACAAAGAAAAAGAAGAACAAGAUCCUUGUUCUGUCUGGUGGAAUUAAUUAGUUGGUGACAGUAUGAUCUUGAUGAAGAAAAUCUGUUCUAGUUGGUUGACCUCCAUAUCGGGUAAUGUUGAGUGGACCUCAUGCCAAGGAACAUACUUCAUUUAUUAUCCUGCCAUUCUUGAUUUUGCGCAGGAAAAAGAAUACCUUGAGAACAAAAUUUGUUGUCAUGAUACUUCAAAUGAAAAUUGAACUGUGUCAGUAAAUCAAUUCUACAUAAAGUUUCAUAUGAGAUUGCUUGCAUCUUUAUAUUUGAGCUCCAAUUCAUGUUGAGCAUCAUGACUGUAGGAACUUUUGCUUUUCUUUCUUCGUUAAAUUUAUCCGCAGAUUAAGAUGACUCACACGCUUAUUUAUGAUACCAAGUAUAUGAAUAAGAUUGUUUAUGCCAGACAAUUGUUUGAAGAAGAGUUCAACUCUUCUACUAACUCUUCCCUGAUUACUGGUUGAUAAAGGUUUAAUUUGUUGUCUCCACAAAACAAUUGUCCUUUCUCUUUAAAUACUUUCAAAAAUGCAUGAAGCUAAGGGUUCUAAGCCCAUUAAGAGAAAUUUUCUGGACCAACACGGUGCAAAUUAGAUUAACCUUGGGUCAGUUUUGUCGAAUGGCUCAUCAGGCCAACGUUUUAUUAACGUGCGGAGCUCUCCUGUGAUUCAUCUGUAAAGUGACUCUAUGUCACCAAGAGAACAAACAAACGAACAUACCAAAAAAAGUGAAAAUGUUAUGACAUGUUGGUUCUCUCUCUCUGGUGUAUGAGUACUUGAAACUUAGCUUUGUGAAGAGAAGUAGAGUUGCAGUAUUAGUUCAUAUAUAUAUGAUAUGUCAUAUUGCUUAAGCUGAUUUUUCUAUUUCAAUAGGAAUUGUGGAACAAAGUGUUAGUAAACUGUAUUGUAAAUAUUAAAAACAGUAACAACAACUAAAGGUAAUAAAACUCAGAAUCUGGAAAAUUAAUACAAGAACAAAAUCGAGCCCACUGAAUGCACAGUGUGUCCUUAAGGAAAUUAUUCCCCUCAAAGUACCCGAGGUUUUGGAAUCUUUCCUCCCAGGAUAGAACGAUUUACUCACCAAAGUCGAGGUACUGCAAAUUUUGGUGACUGCGAACCACUCGAAGGCUGUAUAUUACACGAAUUUAGGAAGUGCAGAAAGAAGAAGAAGAAGAUGUUGUUUCAGAAUUUUCGUAUUGAACAUUCUGAGGAUUAAGAGACAUAUAUAGACUGUUUGCACCUUUUAAGAAAAGGCACCUGUUGGGAAAAGAUUUGCCUGUUGAAAAAAGGUUUGCAACUUUUCGGACAAGGUUGCAACCUUUCAAAAAUCUAUUGGAAAAACGG